AUGUCUGGCCCUGCCUACGAUGCCGUCGUUGACAUUGACGACGAGGGCGACCUCGGGCAUACGGAUCUCCAAGACGAUCUCGAAUUCCAUAACUCUACAUUUUCAGAAACAACACCAGGUGCGCGCAAGCCAGGUGCAGCGGGCGGCACUGGGUCCUCUGGCCUGCCGUUACCAGCGACAGCGUCGACAGCUUCGGGUAAACGAUAUCUCUGGACUGUAUCCUACUAUGCGCAGUUCUUCGACGUAGACACAUCGGCCGUUCUGAGUCGCUGCUGGGCGGCCCUGUAUCCACGGGCCAACUUUCUUGACGUGCUCGAGGGAAACCCGGACUUGUAUGGGCCUUUCUGGAUCGCCACGACAGUCGUCUUCAUCCUUUUCAUUGGUGGCACCAUAAGUCAAUACCUCGCGACGAGGGGGACAACGGAGUCUUUUGUAUACGACUUUACGUUGCUCAGUGGUGCUGCUGGUCUGAUAUACGGUUACACACUGUUCCUACCUAUCGUGCUUUUCCUUGCACUGCGUUACUUUGGAUCCGAGUCGGCCAACCUCCUCGAAUGCUGGGCUCUGUACGGAUAUGCAAACCUGAUCUGGAUCCCAGUCGCCCUCAUAAGCUGGUCGCAGAUCGACAUAUUAAACUUUGUAUUUGUGGCUGUGGGCUUUGGCUACUCUGUCGCCUUCUUGCUCCGGAAUCUCUACCCGGUCUUGAGCGCCACGGAUCGCCAGACCAGCAAGAUUUUGCUGAUUGUAGUGGUGGCAUUGCACUUCGCGCUAGCUGUCACGAUCAAGAUCUUGUUCUUUGCGCACCGCAGUCCCGUGGCAAAGGGAGAUGGCAUGGAGCAGAGCUGA